CCCCAGCUCCUGGAGUCCUGUUAACACCGGAGAAUCUCCGCUUUCAUGCCAAAGAAUAAAAGUUUUAGCCCUCCUGUUUGCCGAGGGUUGUGUCAAGACACCCCUGCCAUGUGCCUGAGCACUGGCAUCAUGCCGGCCGGAGAGCGCAGAACGGUGUCCGUGGGUCAGGGUUAGCCAGCUAGGUCUGGAUUCCACAGGCACAAAAGACACUGGUGUCUUUAAAAGGGGAAAGUCUCUUACCCAGCACAAAAGCAGCCGAGUAAAUGGCUGAGAGCUUGGGAACUAACAACAGCUGCACUUGAAAGGGGAACUGGUGGCAGAGACACGAAGCAGGAGGGGUGAGCCAGUAGCAGUGCUCCUGCACUCACCCCAUGGCAGGUGCCUGCUACUUCCUCUUCCUUGCCAGCUCCUCGCAUCAUCGGCCCCGACUGCGGCUCUGGGACGGCAAUGCCAGCGUCCCUGCCAUAGGGAACCAUACCUUCAUGGGUUAAUCAAAGCACGCCGGUGGCAGGAGAGAGACAACCCGCCCACAUUCUCUGCCUGCAGCUGGAAACGAAACUUAAAGAGUCACAGGGAGCCGCCUCGGGUUACCACAAGCAAGCAGCGUUGGACACGGUCAGCAUGGCUUUCCAGCAGCCUAUUCUGAACCCGAUUGUCCCCUUUUCUGGACCCAUCUUUGGAGGCCUGAGUGAAGGGAAGAUGGUGUUAAUCCAAGGAGUAGUUCAACCCUUCGUGAAAAGUUUUGGGGUGAACCUGCGGUGCGGGAACGGGGACAUCGCCUUCCACUUUAAUCCGCGUUUCAACGAGGGCCGCCCGAUGGUUGUAUGCAACACCGAGCAGAAUGGCAAUUGGGGGGCAGAGGAAAGGACCUACCACGUGCCCUUCCAGCCGGGCAUCUACUUCGAAGUGAUCAUCAACGUCAAGGGCCACUGCUAUCAGGUCUCUGUGAAUGGUCAGCACUUCCUGGAGUACAGACACCGCCUUCCCCUUCAUACUGUCCAGAUCCUGGAGAUCAAAGGGGACGUGACUGUGAACUGCAUCAACUUCACAAGCCCCAGUAGGAAGAAAGUGAAGAACUUCCCAGGACAGGUGCCAGCUGCCUUGAUGGAGAUAAUGAACACGCGGAAGUGCUACCAGGUCUCGGUGAAUGGACUGCGCGUGUUUGACUAUGUCCACCGCCUCCCUGCCAACCAGGUGGACCAGCUACAGAUAGCGGGGGAUGUGACACUCUCCUGUGUGCAGUACUGAUGGCCCCUCCUGGACCACUAAAUUUUCACUAUUUGACUCAUCCUCCACUCCACAGCCCUCUCAUCAUCUUCAUUCAACAGUUCCACUGCCGAGCCUGGAGAUCUCAGCCACCAAAUCUCACAUCAUACAGAAACUUUGAAGUCUCACUACGGGGGUUGGGGGAGGGAAGGGCUUCUCUCAUUGUCUCUUUUUUGGUCUAUAUGCAUUUCUGAUACUGUAGCUUAAAGCAGUGGCUCUCAAUCUUUCCAGACUACUGUACCCCUUUCAGGAGUUUGAUUUGUCUUGUGUAUCACAAGUUUCACCUCGCUUAAAAACUACUUGCUUACAAAUCAGAGAUAAAAAUACAAAAGUGUCACAGCCACACUAUUACUGAUCAAGUGCCGACUUCCUCAUGUUGACUAUGUAAUUAUAAAAUAAAUCAA